UAUUUUCGAUGUCUGACUUUAACAACAAUAUCAAUGGGUACCUUGGGCCUUUCACUGAGGAUCCUUUCUCAGCCCGUACAGGAGUUGAAGAAGGCGCAAACCAUUUUGAGACACCAAUUUUUACAUCAAUGCUCUAUGAUUUUACCAACAAAGAGAAAGACCUAGUUCAAAAAUGAUGGAGAGUGGGCAAUUUCCACUCCCUCAGAGAUCUUCCAGCCCAUAUUGCUCCCAGUAAAGUUAUGAAAUCUUAUCAAGAAAAGCAAGAUAUUGCUCAUCUCCCUCACAGGCCGAGAGUAACUGCUUUGUCUGACGGAGGUUAUUUUUCGAGAUUUGAAUGGCAGCCAGAGUCAUACGAUGACUAUAUCGAUAAAGAGAAAGGAGAGAGGGAAUCCCACAAAGAAAUCAUCGAAAAGCUUCAUAAGGACAAAAAGUUUGUUGCUGGCGCUGCUUAUGCUCCCUUGAAAUAUGAAGAUCAGUUUCAGAUAAGUGACAAGAAAGUAAGCAAAUCCGAAAUUGUCCCAAAAGACCCCUUCUUUUCAGACAAUGAUCCAUAUGAGGCUACCAUCGAGGAGGUCCUGAAGAACAAAUGGAUGGAAGAGGCUAAAAGACUUCAUGGAGAAUUCCAUGCUGGGUCUAAAGAAAGUAUUAAUAAAAAGGCCAAAAGAAACCUUCUUGGUAACAUGGUUGCCAAAAUUAAGAAGACAAUACUUGAGGAUUGGCAAGAAAUUAACUUUGUUAUUGGUACUAACCCUGAAGAAUUUAUUGAGAUCAAGUUCGAUGGACAAACAGUUGAUACUACUAAGGGUCUUCAUGCCUAUAUGAACACUUUAUUGCAUAAUGAUGAAGAGAUUAUGAAUUAUAACCUCAGAAGGAUAAUUCAUUAUUGGGGAUAUAAAGAAGGGCAAUUCAUCUAUUACAUGCUUGCUCCAGUCUGGGUGAAAACCAAAGUUAACGACAUUAUGAAUUUCUAUAAAAAGGGAGAACUCAGAGGAGACAGUUCCUUCGACUCUUUCUCCGUCUCAGAAGAAAAAUUCGACAAAAAGCUCGCUAAUAGAGCUCAAGAGAAGAAACCAACUCUCUACAGCAGAGAAAUCGCUCCUUAACUCCUUCCUCCAAAUCUGCCCCCAAAAGUCCACCUUCAAUUUCCAAUCAUUCCUUAAU